GCUAGGGGGCGGUUACCUCCCUAGCUGGACUCGCCCGGCACGUUGAGGGGGCCCCAGUGUGCGGCAGGAAAGGAGCGGAGCCUGAAGCAGCGCCGAAGGUCUUUCCGUAGACAACCGAAGCAAGGCUCCUACAAUCAAAAGUGCCUCAGUGCUGAGUCUUCGGGAAAAACUUACCUGAUCCAAUCUGCCAGACUUGGAAAAGGAAAGUGAAGAAUCCAGUAUCAUACUGUGAAGUGAGUGGCCAAGAUCCACCAGUUUGGUACAUCAGGCUUCGACCUUUGUUCUGGAAGAUCUCAAAGGAUGCACCAUGAUGAAACGUCAGAGACCUCUCAGCAGCAGUGAGAGUUCAGAUGAGUGUCCUUCCACUUCUUUUACUUCUAGCUCAAUGUAUAGGAAGAAGUCAAAAAAUCCUAAGGAACAUAAGAAGUCUGCUGAGGUAUUCCGAAAGGACCUCAUCAGUGCCAUGAAAAUUCCUGACUCUCACCAUGUUAAUCCUGACAGCUAUUACCUCUUUACUGACACAUGGAAAGAAGAAUGGGAAAAGGGAGUGCAAGUACCAGCCAAUCCAGACUCUGUUCCAACACCUUCUCUCAGGAUUAUAUCUGAAAAAGUAAAGGAAGUUCUCUUUGUCCGGCCCCGGAAAUAUAUCCGUUGCUCCAGCCCAGAGUCUGCAGAGCCUGGCUAUAUCAAUACCCUAGAGCUGGCAGCAUCAACAUGCCGCUAUGACCUAGAUGACAUGGACACCUUCUGGCUUCAGGAACUCAAUGAAGACCUUGGAGAAAUGGGUUAUGGGCCAAUUGAUGAGACUCUUAUGGAAAAGACAAUAGAAGUUCUGGAACGCCACUGCCAUGAAAAUAUGAACCAUGCUAUUGAGACAGAAGAAGGGCUAGGAAUAGAAUAUGAUGAAGAUGUGAUCUGUGAUGUGUGCCGGUCUCCAGACAGUGAAGAAGGGAAUGAUAUGGUAUUCUGUGAUAAGUGUAACGUCUGUGUGCAUCAGGCUUGUUAUGGCAUCCUUAAAAUUCCAGAAGGCAGCUGGCUAUGUCGUUCCUGUGUCCUGGGCAUUUAUCCACAGUGUGUUUUAUGUCCUAAGAAGGGUGGAGCCAUGAAGACCACCAGGACAGGGACUAAAUGGGCUCAUGUCAGCUGUGCCCUGUGGAUACCAGAAGUCAGCAUUGCUUGUCCUGAGAGAAUGGAACCUAUCACAAAAAUCUCCCAUAUUCCACCUAGCCGGUGGGCCUUAGUUUGCAGCCUGUGCAAGUUGAAGACAGGAGCUUGUAUUCAGUGCUCUGUGAAAAGCUGUAUCAUUGCCUUCCAUGUCACCUGUGCCUUUGAGCAUGGCCUAGAAAUGAAGACCAUCCUAGAUGAGGGUGAUGAAGUAAAGUUCAAGUCAUUUUGCAUCAAGCAUAGCCAAAACAAGCCGAAAGUUGGGGAGGCUGAGUACCACCACCACAGAGCUGCUGAGCAGAGCCAGGCAAAAAGUGAGAAAACCAGCCUGCGGGCACAGAAGCUUCGUGAACUAGAGGAAGAAUUCUAUACCUUGGUCCAGGUAGAAGAUGUUGCCAAAGAGCUGAGGCUAUCUGCGUUAACUGUCGACUUUAUCUAUAACUACUGGAAACUGAAGCGCAAAAGCAACUUCAACAAGCCAUUAAUUCCUCCAAAAGAGGAAGAGGAAAAUGGCUUGGUACAGCCAAAAGAAGAAAGCAUUCAUACUCGCAUGAGAAUGUUUAUGCACCUGCGGCAGGACCUAGAGAGGGUCCGAAAUCUAUGCUACAUGAUAAGCAGGCGAGAAAAGCUGAAACUGUCACACACCAAAGUGCAAGAACAGAUCUUCGGUUUGCAAGUCCAGCUUAUCAACCAAGAAGUUACAGAAGGACUUUCUUUGACAAAUGCACUAGAGAACUCAUUGUUUUACCCACCACCACGAAUUACCUUAAAGUUGAAAAUGCCUAAAUCAACCUCAGAAGACUGCAGAGACAGCUCCACAGAAACCGAGAACCAACCUUCCUCUCCUGGCAGCAGCUCCCCUGGUCACAAUAAAAGGAGCCCACAGAUGCUUGAGGAGCCACUGGACACGAAUGUGAAAAUAUAUCCAAGACAUCCACUAGAAAUCAAGAGUAACUGUUUGCUUGCUAGCCACAGCCAUUCUCGAAGUGAAGCCAAGAGUUCCAGUCCUGCUCAGAGAACUCCAUCUGCAGAGUUCUAUCAUGGGCAAUCAUUAGGGAAGCCUCUGGCCCUUCAGGCUGCCCUCCAUGGACAGGCUUCUAUUGGUAAUGGGAAGAGUCAGCCUAAUUCCAGGCUUGCCAGUUCCAAUGGCCUGGAGGGCAACUGGUCUGGGAACAUUACCCAGAAAGAUAAUUCAGAUGAGAUGUUCUGUGACCAGGAGUCCAUGCUCAGUUCCCACUUGCCCAGUCAGGGUAACAUUAGAAAAUCUGGCAUAGAACACUUCAGCAGGUCCUUUAAGGAGGCCACCAAUACAUGGGUGAGGCCCACUGAGGACCUCCAGUAUUGCGUUAAGCCAACUAAGAAUGUGAGCUCUAAGGAGCAGUUGUGGGGUAGACAGCUUCUCAGGCGGUCUACAGGAAGAGCUCCAUAUCAGGAAACCGAUGGGUAUUGCCCUGAUUUAGAGCCCAGCGAUUCAGAAGCGGAAGGGGAAGGGAAUAAAGAAACAGCAAGGGUAAAGAGAGAAAGUUCUGACAGAGAAAAUCCUUCUCAUGAUUCUUCUCGGGAGUGCCAUGGGAAAAGUAAGACACAUCCUCAUUCCCAUAGCUCAAUGCAGAGGUGAUCAGAAACACCUAAGGGUAACGCAGCCGUUGCCUUUGCCCCGCAUACUGGGGGAAAUCUAAACACCAAAAGGAUUCUAGUGUAUUAGGAGGAAUUGCAGGGAAAAUGAUGGUUUGACGUUUUUUGAAAAGGUUUCAGGUCUAGUUUUUAUAAGCACAUUACAAGAGUUGCAGAUUGUCUGAGGUUGCUUUGUUGGAGGCUGCUGGGAAUAGUUGGGCCCAGAGUAUUUGCUCAAUAAGUACUUCAGGGCUGCUUUUUGGUUACAUUAAAACACUGAUUAAUCUACGUAUUAAGAAUCCUUGCAUUGUUGAUGGAUUUGCAAAAGAACAUGACAGACACUAAAACUACUUAUCUUUUGAAACUAUAACAUGUGACUCCUUAGCGCUCAUGUUUAUAGAAAAAUUCUAAUUCCACUGGUAUCUAUAAAACCUCUUCAAGGGAGAGACCAGGAGAGCAGCAUUCUCAGAUACUGUCACUUAAUAUUGUCUUCCUUGCUUCAUGCAAGGUUAAGUUUCUUUUACAGUAUCGUAUCAUAUAAAGUCAAUUCUCCUAAGUGUCCAGUGCCUGUUCCUAGACCUGCUUGCUGGGAACACACUCAUAACUCUCUUAUCCAGCUAACAAGCUAACUUGUGGAUAGUGUUUACAAAAGUACAGAAGUACUACUUCCAAGGAAAAUGCUCUGCUUCUCAAGGCAUUUGUGAAGACCUCCAGAGCCUUUCCCAAAGUGUGACCUUUUCUGGGAUAUUUGUACCAGGUCAGGGUUUUUUGUGUUGUUUUCAGAUAAGUUUGACUGAAGUUUGGCUGACAGUUUUUGUAUACCUGCUUUAAUGUUUAUAAAAUUUUUAUUGAGGUAUAAUUAAAAUAUAGUGUAAUGCACAGAGGGUUAAGUAUUCUUACCUGCUUUAAUUUUGAAACAGAUUUUUAUUGUCAGACAAAUUUGAAAGCAUGUGUUUUAACACAUGGAUAUAAUUUAGCUUUGUAUGAAUUUUGAAACCAAGGCAAUUUCCCAAGCAUAAAAGUUGGAGCCAUUUUUCAGAACUUGCUUAUACCACAUUACCAAAUAAUCAGCCUUGAUUCAUUUCUAGAGGAAGAGAAUUUUGAAGCAGAGGAUGAAACAGGU